AUGCAUUCAUUAAAAUCGCUAAUUGUUUCUCUUUACGAUACAAUUGAGCUCUAUAUACUUUUAGUCUCUAAAAUAUCAAAAUGUGAAAAUUUUUUAUACUUUGGGAUAAUUAAGUGGAAGAGGUUCAAUCAUUGGUCUAAUGAGAUUAUAUUUAGUGAAUUUUUCAGAUGUUGAAGCUAUAUUGCUCAUCCAAGAGUUCAUUUCAAGCAAAUACUGAAAAUUAUUUACAAAAGCGAAUAUUGUUUCCAUGCAAUUAUUGAAGGUCAAUAUAUAAAGGUUACAUUAUUUUGUUUAGCUUUAUUAGUUUAA